AUGGCGUCUGGAGAAGCAGGCAAGAAGAAACAGAAAAUGAAGGGCAAGACCCUGGCCCUUACAGAGUUUUUAACUGAUGACAAAGGGUCGGCAGGUCCUGGACCAAGUUAUGUGCUGUCAAACAAACCCCUCGACUGGGCAUCGGAAAUGGAAAACUUGGCUGUCAACGACGAUCCUAAUGAAGAAUUUCGACCCAAUUUUGAUCGGUCCAUUUUACCAACAGCCCCAAAAGCUGCACGCGGUCCCGAUGUGGACCUUGAACUGGUUCCAACAGUGGCCCCAUUUACGGCAUUCAUUGGAAACCUGCCGUACGAAGCUGAUGAAAUGAGGAUUGAAGAUUUUUUCAAAGACCAGAAGGUGUUGAAUGUGCGACUGCCUAGUGACCAGGGACGUGCACGUGGAUUUGGGUAUGUGGAGUUCGCGGACCGGGAAUCUUUGAUUGACGCUCUUACAUUGAAUGAGUCGGUGUUCGCUGGUCGAAAGAUCCGAGUCGAUUUGGCUGGACAAGGUCAGAGUGGAGGUGACCGGAAUGAUCACCGUGACGACCACCGGUCAACUGGCGACCCGGACAGAACGGAGGGAGACUGGAGACGACGGGAUGCGCCCCCUGCGCCAUCCAACGAUGAUAGAAGCAGUGAUCGUGGUUUUGGCGAUCGCUAUGGAGACAGGGACAGCAGGAGUUUCGGCAGUGAUAGGGGAGGUGAUCGGGGUGGUUUUGGUGAUCGGUAUGGAGAUCGCGACCGAGGUUUUGGGGAUCGGGACCGUGGUUUUGGGGAUCGGGAUCGAGGUUUCGGCGAUCGGGACAAACGUUUCGGAGGUGAUCGAGAUUUUGGUGAUAGAAAUCGUGACGGUGGGAGAUACAGUGAUCGCUAUGGCGACCGAGACAGUGGCAGGAGUUAUGGGUUCUCUGAUCGCGAUGGUGGAAGAGAUGGAGGUCGAGGUUUUGGUGGUCGCGAUCAGGGGGGUAGUUACGGCAGUGGAUACCGGCGGGAGGGUGGAUACGAUAGGUAUGGACGUAGGGAGCGGUAUGGGGACAGAUCGGAGAGACAAGAGAUUCGGGAACCUAGUAGUAGUGACGGGGGAAAGGAGAGACCUCGAUUACAGCUGCAGCCGCGGUCAAAACCAACCGAAAAAGUGGCCGCGCCCGAACCGGCAAAGGAAGUCUCCCGCUCUGCGUCUAUAUUCGGCUCGGCGAAACCCGUGGACACAGCGUCGAAAGAAAUGGAGAUUGAGAAACGGCUAGCUCAGCAGAAAGUGCUGGGAGACCACUACAAACUGGACGAAGAGAAGGAGAACAGGGAUUACAGCAACAGGAGAGAAAUGUCAUCAGGAAGUCGCCCACGACGUGACAGUAACCGAUCCAGUGACGGGGAACCCAAACGAGAGAGACAUCUCAGUAACAGUUCUGGGAAAGGCAUUCGAACAGUACCUCCGCCAGUCACUAACAGCCGGACACGCAAAGACAGUGAUUUAUCGAACCAUUCAGACGUGGUGUCCGACGAGAGAGAGGAUGCGAAAGCCGUCACACCGACUAAAAAAGAGGAACUUGCGAAGUUGGUUCCCGCUCCACCGCCCAAGGAGAAUGUAUGGGAGAUUCGAAAGACGGGGCAGCAUUCGCCCGGAUCUCAAACAUCAGAGCCACAGUCGCCCCCGGCAACAGAGUCUAACCAGUUACCAAAGUCUCCGACUUCACCAGUCUCACCAACCAAUGCCUGGUCGAAAGGACGGCCCGAUGUCCGCUCACAGAACAGUUCACCGAGUGAUAACGUCUGGUCAAAACGGCAGCAAACCCGCGAAGAUGGGGGCAAAGGUCCCUCUGACGGCUCUCGUGGUCGAGGACGGGGUCAGGGGUCAAGUGGCAGAGGGAGAAUCUCUGACUUGAAACCCAAAGGAAGUAGAGAACGACAUAUACCCACAUCCAUAGAAGAGAUGCCCAAGUUGGAAGUAAAUAUUAGACAGGACUGGUCAGAUAAAAAUAAAUUUUCGUCAUUAAUGGAUGAAGAUGUUGAAGACGAAUCCUAAUUAUAAAUAAAACGGUUGAAUAAAAGCGAUUGUGUGGUGGUGUUAUAUGCUGACACAGCCGUGUACAUAAAUACAGACAUACAGACUACGGGACGGUGUUGGUCAUAUGUUGUUAUGUUUCAAUCUCAACGCUUUCUUCCUGCCUUCUCACGUGACUAUAAAUUAACCCAGUGUUCGACAGAUGUUUCAGAAAGUUGCUAGUCCUCACAGAAGCUUCGGCUAGUGUCUCUAUGUAUUAUGGGUAAUACAGGUGAUAAUUUCUAUUAGCCCACGUAAGCAAUUCACUAGCCAGGACUGAGGGUUAGUGGAUUUUUCUAACCCAGUCUUAACUUGUCGACCUGGAUCAUAGUGGAUGGGUUUGUUCACAGAAGAAACGACUCUGUAAAAUAACUAAUAUAUAUUUGGGGGGGGGGGGGGG